CAAUGUGUGAGCGUCAUUAAUAAACACUUUUCCAAAAAAAAUAUGAUAUCAGAAGUCUGCAGACACAAUGCAGAAGUUGAGUAGCAUUUAAAAAUGGCCGCAGUAUUGGUUUGUUAGAAAACGUUACGAUUGCUGUUAAAGUUACGGCGGAUAGUGUCAUCGCAAUCAUCGCAGUUAAUACGUCAAUGGCCUGUCUUAUUUAUAGUACACAUCUUAUUCUUUCAAUUGGUUUGCCAAGUAUUUUGACGUAAGACGUCAGUCGAAUGCGAUUUCGCAUUACCGAAAUGCACUUAUUGCGAGAAUCGCGAGAUCGCAUGUCGUGCUGAUCUCGCUUUGUCGUUCGUUGAAACGUAAGAAUUUCGUGCCGCUCGCGAAAGUCUCGCCUACUCUCUCGUGUCAUUUCCAGGUAAAUAAGAUACGUGUUUAGACGUGUGAUUAUCGUGAUCGUUGCUUUGAGGUUAGUACGCGCUACUACGAGUUACGGAAUCGAGUGUGCGUAAUUUAUAUCCGUUGGUGAAAGCCGUACACGAGCGGCAAGAAAACAACGAUGUCGCCCGGAAUUAACGGCGAUGGUCCCCGCAACACGGGCACCUUGCCGAAAAACAAUCGCAGAAACGAUAGAAACCGAGAACAGUCCGUUCAGCACCAGAUCGCAAAUCGUUUGAUGUCUCAUAGCCAGGAACAGUAUUGUAACAAUUUGUUUCAACUGGAGUGGCAGUCACUGAACGAGCGUGAACGUGAACCAAGAGCAUCAAGAGCAGCAAAGAAUAGUAACACAAGAUCAGCUUCCUCUUUACCAUUUUGCUCAUACUUUCCUACAUACCAAGAUUUAUCCGACUGUUCAUCACACAGCUCAGGAAGGCAGUGCAAUUACACUCCAGAAGAAUACAUAUCUUGGCCAAAAAUGGUGCUGCCUACUGACCCUAGAACUCAAUCACCACCACGAAUGCAAUCAGGCACCAAACCUUCUAACGUGAAUAAAAUGCCUGACAGAAGUCAAGUAGAAAGCCGCUUAAACCAGAUCAGGGACUAUAUUAGAUCCACUGCAACAAUGAUGGAUUCUCUCAGUCAGUCUUCCGAUCCUCGCGCACAAGCCCAGCAUGAAAAAUUAACUAGACUGGUGGAGGAUCUGCACGAUAGUGAGAUAAAGCUGUCUAAAUUAUUGGAACAAUAUCAUAAUCACGAAAUUUCUGAUGAGAACGGUGAAAACGGAAGAGAAGACGUUGAUGAAGGCGGCGAUGCUGGUAGAGAGAUGCACUUACGGAGGAAUAUGGAAGAAUAUCAGACCAAGCUCGCACAAUUACAAGAACAUCAAGCUAGCUUAGUGGGCAUGCAGAUACGCGUCAGAGAAAGAUUAAACGAGGCGCGUCAAGCUCAACAAAUACUUUUGCAACAAGAAAAUCAAAAUACAUCGAAUACUGCUACAUGGGAAAGCAACCGCGCACCUUCAACAGGUCCUGCUAAUGUUGAGCAACUUGAGUCGGAAACAGCGGUUCUUAGAGGAAAGUUAGCGCAACUUCAGACAAAGAAAAAGCACAUGGAUCACUUGGUAGCGGAACUACAAGCCAUAGAAUCAUCCGAUAGAGGCAGUUGUAGUUCCGAAGGCUCAAGAAACACAAUAAGAGAUAAAGCCGCAGAAUUAGAAGCGAUGAAAGCACAGCUUGCGCAUAUAAAGGCUCUAAUGGAAGAUGGCGUAAGAAUUCGCGACUCUGUAGAUUCAACUUCCGAACCUGAGCAAGAUAUGGACGUGAACGGAGAAAGUGCAGUAGAUAUGAUUACUGAAGAUGUGUCAAACAUCUCAUUCGAAUGCCGAAGCGACGGUGACGACAUCGGUCAUGGAAAGUUUCGAAAUUCUAUACCGACACUUGAAGAUAUACAGAAUGUGACACGAGAGCUUAAAGAACAAUCUGUCUUGCUUCAAGCCACGCGAGCCGAAUUGCAACGUUUAAAACAACCAUUAUCCGCAGCUGCCCAUCCUACUUCUUCGUCUUCCUUCUCAUCUUCCAGUCCGCCUCCAGCGCUUAUACCUUUAAAUGCAGGCGAGAAGAAGCAGAGUAAUAAUGUCAGUACAGAGACUCAGCCCAUACAAGCGAAAAGACGCCAACUGGAAGAUCUUAUAAAAAAGGAACAAGCGCAAUCCUCCAAUGUGAAUCGAGAUAUUCAAGCGCCGGAUCAAAAUAGUCAAAAAAGUUCUGGUUCUCAAGCUAGUCACACUAGUACACCUGCAAACAUCUGGCCGGCUUCUGCAGCUGCAGGUGCAGGAGAUUCUAACGAGCACAGUGUAGACGGUAUAUCUACGUCGGAAAAUUUAUUGGACAUUGGUCCACAAACCAUCGCUGCUGAAAAUGGUGGAUUUAACGGAAAUUGGUGGGCCUGUCCUGUGCCACCUCCAACUAUGAAUCAAGGACAACCAGGUUCGGUCGAAUUUUAUCGGCAGUUAUUAUUAGGUUCACAAGCUCAACAAUUGCAAAUGAUGGGUACAACGCUGCACCACUGUUGUCAGCUUUUGUGGGCGCAACAACGCGAGCUGCAAUCCAUGCGCACCGCAAUUACUCAGCUGCAGUUACAAACGAGAUCGCAAAAUCAGACUCCGCAGCGCGCCAAUAAUAUUGAAAAUCAAGAGGAAUACUCGAAUUUGAGUCGCAAUGUUCACAAUCUCGGCGACACGUUGGACGCAACUUUACCGCCCAGUUCGUCCUUGCCGAAUCUUGUGUCUCUACCUAAUUCUUCAGCAGCAUUAUCGCACACUCCGAUAGUUACAUCUAAUUCGCAGCAGCAACAGCAGCAAUUGAACAAUCAAGUACCUCCUGGUAAUAGAGCGAACAACUACUGGGACAAUUUUCGAAGCUAUUCUCGACAAAAUUUGCUAUCAGGAAAUGUAAAGACUAUGACUGAAUCCUCAGCGGCUAUAGCAAAUUCGUCAUCUUCUGCAAAUACAACCAAUACAAGCGGAAGUAGCGUCAACAGUUCGCUAAUAAAAGACAAGCGAAAUCGAGAACAAGGAACUGACAACUUACCUUUGCCAUUAACUGGUGCAGAAGCACAAUAUUCAUUGAAUUUACAAUUGCCAUCGAAUUUACAGCAGCAAGACAGAGAAAAUGCUACUAUUCGUAGUAACAUAAUAGCAAACGAGGUGUCUCAACAAGUCGAUAAUCUUUGGGAGGAAACUCAUAGUUCUUUUCGGAUAUCAUCUGCAACAAAUGAUGACAAUCUUCUUAAUAAUCUAAGUUCAGAGAUGAAAGAGGCGAUCGGUUCACUCAUCGCAGUAAAUAAAAAGCGACCCGAUUAUUUAAUAAUUAUUUUGAAAGAAGUUAAGACCAUCAGCGAGGAUCACAGAUUGCGGUCUCAUUUGUUAAGAACACUACGCGCUUUACAAGACACGCAAACACUGAAUAACCCAUUGAAUGAGGUGUCCGACUUAACUCCAAGUGAAAGUUGCCAAUCUAGCGAUGAAGAUUCGGACGUUGGUGCAAUGCUAGGCUUCUGUUUGGAAAACCAAUCAUCUGGGACUGAAUUGGUUGCAACAUCUCAUGUAGACACGGCCUCUUCUCCAACUUCAUCUCAAGUACCAUUAAUAGAGCAUCUGGAAAUAUCGGGCACAUUUUCACUCGAUUGUGCGAAUGCUCUGCCUUCCACUUCUAACGCCAAAUCCGCUUAUAACGAGGACUUGGCGGAAGCUGAUCAAUCGCGACCUGAUUCUUCAAGAAAUUCUCAUCAAAAACUUUCUACUAAUGAUGUGGAUAACGAAGAAGGGCAAGAAGAAGCAGCAUCUUAUCCGAUUACUGCAGAAGCAGCUAUUCCUGAUCUUGAAGGCCUUGCUGACAAAACUGAAGAUGAAAGAGCAGAGGAUAAUUGCGAAGAACUUGAUAAGUUAUUUACUAGAUUAUAUCAUUAAUCUCUCUCUUUUCUUUCCUCUCUCAUAUUACAUAUUUAUAUAAAUAAUUAUUUAUACUUAAAUGCAAUGAUAAAAAAAAUGACGAUGCAUCUUGACUUCUAAUAAGAUGUUGGCUAACUAGCGCUUCAAAAACAUUAGUCAAUAAAUAAAGUCUUAUAUAGUAAAAAUUGUGAGAAAAAUUUCAGAUCUUUUAAUAUCAUUAUUACUUCUUAUACAUGUUGCUCUUUGUGAUACAUUUAAAAAUUAGAAAAUUAAAAUAUAGAUAUAAGUUUAAAAACGCACAAGAUUUAAAUUAUAAAUUUGCCUAGAGUAAAAAACUUUGUACGUUUAGUAUAACAACUUAAACUAUUAUAAUUUAUUACAUUUUACGAUGU